AUGGCAAAGAUCUUCAAGAAGACCAGUGGCAAUGGCUCGAUCUCCCUCUACCUGGGGAAGCGAGACUUUGUGGAUCACGUGACUAGUGUAGACAUCGUUGAUGGGGUGCUGAAGGUGGAUCCCACAGAUCUCAAUGGCAGGAAAGUGUGGGUGCAGCUGGCUUGUGCCUUCCGCUACGGCCGUGAAGACCUGGAUGUGAUUGGGCUGUCAUUCAGGAAAGACAUCUGGAUCCACCACAUUCAGGUUUACCCUCCUACAGGAGAGAGCAAGCCAGCCAACACCCCCAUGCAGGACUCCUUGAUGAAGAAAGUUGGGGAACAAGGCUAUCCCUUCACCUUUCUAAUUCCUAACAACCUGCCGUGCUCCGUCACUCUUCAGCCUGGACCUGAGGACAAGGGCAAGGCUUGUGGUGUAGACUAUGAAGUGAAGGCAUACAUCGCCAAUGAAGCAGAAAACCUGGACGAGAAAGUGGACAAGAAAGACACCUGCCGCCUGGUCAUUCGCAAGAUCCAGUUCGCGCCUGACAACACAGGAGCGGGGCCCAAGGCCGACAUCACCAAGCAGUUCAUGAUGUCGGACAAGCCAGUCCACCUGGAAGCAUCUCUGGAAAAGGAGAUUUACUACCACGGUGAUCCAAUCAUGGUCAAAGUAAAAAUCAACAACGAAACCAACAAAGUUGUGAAGAAGAUUAAAAUAAGCAUUGACCAGACCACUGAUGUGGUGCUCUACUCUGCUGAUAAAUACUCCAAAUGUGUGCUGUCCGAGGAGUUUGGGGACAGCGUCAAUGGCAACUCAACAUUCGAGAAAGAGUACCAAAUAAUCCCCCUGCUGGCAAACAACAAAGAGAAGCGCGGCCUGGCGUUAGACGGCAGGCUAAAGGAUGAAGACACUAACUUGGCCUCCACCACAGUUCUGAGGCCUGGUAUGGAGAAAGAGGUUCUAGGAAUCCUUGUCUCCUACAAAUGCAAGGUCAAUCUCAUGGUUUCCAGAGGGGGCAUCCUGGGAGACCUGACAGCCAGUGACGUUUUCGUGGAGCUUCCCUUGGUUCUGAUGUCCCCCAAACCCGCAGCCCACUGGACUAAACGCCCCUGUAGUUCAGCACAGAUGUAA